AUGACAACUCAAACAAAUGACAUCGAUAUUUGUGUCACUGAAACCCACAUACAGUUUUGUUAUUCUAGCAAAGAACCGACAAUGUCGACAGCGAACGACUCUCUCUUGAAAUACGAUCAUCCAAUUUCGGUCAGCAAAAGCACAGACCGGAAAUCAUCAAAGGGGCGGUCUUUGAGAGUGAACCCCCAGCAGCCUGCCAACUCCAACCCUGUUCCACCUCCUCCUAAGCCAAAAUCAGCCACUGCUGAUGCCUCACUGCAGGAAAAUCAGGAGAUCCUGAACUGCCUCCUUCCGCCCAGGGAAUGGAUGGAGGGAAACCAACUGUGGGUGCAGCAAGUGUCUAGUGCACCGUCUACCAGGUCAGACGUGAUUGGCCUCGAGGAACUGCUCGACAAAAAGCUGCAGCAAAAGCAGGCCAGACAAACGGGAAUCUGUCAGGUCCGCAGGGAGUUAUAUUCUCAGUGCUUUGAUGAGCUGAUCAGACAAGUGACCAUCAACUGCGCUGAGAGGGGUCUGUUGAUGUGCAGGAUCAGAGAUGAGAUUCAAAUGACUAUUGCUGUCUACCAGACACUGUAUGAGAGCAGCAUGGCUUUUGGAAUGAGGAAAGCACUGUGGGCUGAGCAGGGCAAGACGGACAUGGAGAAAAGUAUUUCUGAUCUGGAAAAGGAGAAACAAGACCUGAAGCAGCACUGAUCGAAGAAAGAGCGAACCUAUGAAACUAAGAAAAGAGAGAAAAUGAAAGGCGACAGGUGGAGGAAAGAAGAAUACUGACGAGAUUCAGUUUCCUGCAGAGAGUCAACCAGCAGCUCAAGGACCAACUGGGAAUGAUCAUUUCAUCAAAGAAAUAACUUCGCCAAACUAGAACUGGGUUUCCAUUUCCCAGUACGGAAUGUUAGAUUUAUCCUUUUGUCUUGUAGAAUGAAUAUAAAACGUAACCGAUUGUAAUUAACAAGUAUUUUAUUAUAGCAUGGUGAGUACAGUUCACAAAAACUGUACCUUUCUCUUGAACACCGAGAGCAUUACACCUGUAAAUGAUGAAUGAAACGUCAUUCAAAAACAUUCCUGGGUUGAAGGGGAAAAGAAAGUUAAAAUGGCAAGAUAAAAAUGUCCUUUUCCCAGAGGGACAGUCAAGGUCAAGAUAAGGCAUAAAGUGGCCACUUGGUAAAGACCAUUUAACACUUAGUGUAGAGUUGAUAGAAGAUGGAAUGCUGACUAUCACUACAAGUGUGGCCUUUUUGGCUGGUUUAAAUAAAACAUUAUUUAAUUGAUUUCUUUGUA